ACGAUUUCCAGACAGAGAUGAAGGAGAUGGCAAGCAAGCACCACCCUCAUCUCAUGCGCCUUCUGGGCUUCUGCAUCGACUUUGACCCGUCCACACGAAAGAUGGAGCAGAUUCUAAUCUAUGAGCUCAUGGAGAACAGGGAUCUCGAGAGCUGGAUUUGGGCCAGUGUCUCCAGUUCCCUUUCUCUGCGGAAGCGGCUGGAUAUAGUGAUUGGAGUAGCCAAGGGGCUGCUGUACCUGCAUGAUUUUGGCAUUGUGCAUUGCGAUAUCAAGCCAGCCAACAUUCUCCUUGAUGCAAAAAUGCAGGCACCAGUAGAUGUGCACAGCUUUGGAGUGGUGAUGCUGGUGGUCAUUACGGCACACAAGGCGGUUCAUGUGACAGGGGACACCCAGAUCAACCUCAAGCAAUGGGUGGGACUCAAAUAGCAACAGGUGGGGCAACAAGU